CUCGUUUCUGCCAAAGUGAAUGUUUCGAUUCGGGAAAAGAAAAACUCCGCGAGAGUCAACGGGGAAUGAAAAUUUUCAGCCCGUGUACCGCUGGAAACUGUGCAAUAAAUGGUGCAAAAAUCACCGUACACCAUGCAAUCGUGCGUGCAUCCGCUUCGCUAGGGUGCCGUGAGUCGUCGGAACUAUUGAACGUAACCGUAAACCGUGCGAUAAAUGUGUUCGGGGCCGUGAAAAAACGGGCUUCGAAGCAACCAAAAGCACUGCGACGCAAGGAAAAGCAACAUCACAAAAUCGACAGCAGAAGCGGGUCGACGAGGAAGUCUCGUGCUAUGGCGGUGGUGGCGUUCGAAGGGUUGUUUUGAAAUGCAACAACAGCAUUUAAUAGCGUUAUCCAACACACACACAGCGCAGUUAUCAGCAGCCAAAACCAUGCAUACAACAAAGCCAUGGAGCAAUGCGGUGAAUGAAAACUCGGACCCUUUGCAAAAGCGCCUUAAGAAGGAUACGAAAACAAUAGACGACACAUCAGUGUGCAGCAGCACCUGCGAUUCGUUGUGAAUCGUAAAUAUGGUUGGCGUGGCAGCCAGGGAGUAGAGCAGUCGACAUCACUAUCGAAGGAAGCUAUGAGAAUGGUGCAUUUAUCAAAAAUGAGUCUUUUCAGCUCUGGAGUCGGAUAGAAAGGGGAUCGGAAAACGAUCCAUGAUCAAUCGAGAAUCGCAGCAUUGCGGCUGUUCCGCUGUACUGUGCAUUACGAUGCAUAAACCUAAUGAGCAUCCUCCAUCCACAAUUUGUGCCCAUCGAGUUCUGUCCUUCGGGACGAGAAUGCAGAACAUUUGAUAGCAAAGGAGCAAAUAAUAUAAAGCACUUCGAAACUACGCAUGAAGAAUCCCACUUUGAUCAGUUACCAGCACCGCUGAGGUAGAGCAAACGGUAAUAGAAGAUCGUUAGCGAACUCUGAAUGACAAUGAACUACUAGCCUGUCGGCUCUGGCCCAAUAAUAUGUGAUUGAACACGUUCAUUACAAUGGACAUUCUUAAAACCAAGUGUUUGUGGAAAUUGGCGCGGUUUCGUGCAGGUCUAUAGGAGUGCGAAAAACUUUUUCCUCCGAGUUUGCGAGUUUAAGUGAUAGAUACCAUACCUCGCAUACUGUUGUUGUGAUUUCGUGAACAUUAUUCAGUCAAAAAGUAUUGAACGACAUUGCGAACGUCCUUCCAAACCUGAAUUACGGCUAGUGGAUCGUUACGGAUAAGACACUGCAAACAGACUGCAUUCUCGGAGAACGGCGAAAACAGCUGCAUUACACACUCUAUUGAGAUGAUCGGUUUAUGUCCAUAGGUCGUGUUUUCGUCAUGCAAGUCAGAACAUUGAGUAACUAAUUUAUGUGUGUGUAUGUGCAUGUACGUGUAAGUACAUCAUCGAGAGCAGCAGGCCGACCGACAAAACGCGAACACACAGCAACCUAUGCAAAAAGAAACAGAAGAAAACGAUGCGUUCCUUCCCAGACAACUGCGAGAGCGACAGGCGAACGGUAGUAAUGUGCAUAAACAUAAACAGCAAAGCGUCAACCGAGUCAACCAAUCAUACACCUGUGCCGGUGUAAACGCUCUAACGCCAGCAGUAGUGUGUCUCGAUCGAAAUCCACGAUAAUCGAAUCUGCCGAUCGAAGGCAUUAGAGCAAAAAAAAGGUAUAGUUUUUGCAAAUCCUUAACCCCCGACGACCGAACGCGCUGCAAACACAGGACAUAUCGUGCUGAAAAAGCGAGAGAGAGAGACAUCGCAGCAAUCCGUUAAACAUUGAAGACACUUUCCCAAGGCAACGACAUCAAGUCUGGUGCCCGUCCGCACCACCGGACGUGGUUCCUCUGUUGGUGGUUCCAGUGGACGACAGCGUGUGUGGUGCGCGUUUCCGUGUGGCGAGAGACGUAUAGUGUGAGUGCGUGUGUGUGUGCCCGUGCGGUUCUAGUAUACGUCCUUUUGGGGGGGGGAGGGGCAGGUGGUGGUCCGUUUUUGGCCUUACUAUAUGUGCCGAGUGUCCAAGUGGUGGUAGUAGUGGUGGUCAUCGCAGUGGUAGUGAUGGUCAUCGUGUUGACGUUCGUUUGCACUAUUUGCACUUGUAUGUAAGCGCAACGGGACACCGCACAACCGAUCGCGCAACCGUGCGCUAAUCGUGUGGGUGAUCGUAACCCUGGCAAAUCAAAUUCCCCCACCCCCAGCGACAGCAUGUCUCAAAAGAGUCAGAAGCGCACCAACCGGGGCGAGAACGAUGGGCCGCCACCGAUCAAAAAGCGUAAAGGGCGGCCUCCGGUGUCGUCGUCCGGUCUGGAGGACGAUAAGGAUUCACCCGCAUCGAACGGCGGUGGCGGCGGCGGCGGCGGUGGUCCCGCAAGCUCGAGUGCUGGCUCGAGCGGAGGAGGAAGUGGAGGUGGCCCAACGACACCGACCAAAAACUGGCAGCCACGUUCCGUAAUCGACUGCAAAAUGUCCAGCAUCUACAACCGCACCGCGCCCGAGGCACCAGCAGAACUGUUUAGGAAGGAUCUUAUCAGUGCCAUGAAGCUGCCCGACUCGGAACCGCUAGCAGCGGACGAGUACUGGGUGAUUGCCGACCAGUGGAAACAAGAAUGGGAACGGGGUGUGCAGGUGCCCGUCAAUCCGGAUUCGCUGCCCGAACCAUCCGUGGCGACGCUGCAAGAAAGUUUCUUCAAGAAGCGGCAUGAUUUCAAACUACCGAAAAAUAAAUACAUUCGGAUAACGAAGGAUGAAAACUUUACCCAUGACCAGCACUAUCUCUCCAAUACGCCCGCGAUCGCCGAGAACGUGUGCUACUACGAUCUGGACCAGUUCGAUGCGGCCUGGCUGAAGGUGCUGAAUGGGGAACGCAACUUGGCCGGUUUGGUGCCGGUGACCGACGAGCAGUUCGAGCGUGUUGUAGAAGAACUCGAGGGACGGUGUUUGGAUAAGAUCCAGGCAAUCAUGAAAACGGAGGAAGGGCUCGGAAUUGAGUACGACGAGAAUGUCAUCUGCGAUGUGUGCCGAUCGCCGGACUCGGAGGAAGCGAAUGAAAUGGUGUUCUGUGAUAACUGCAAUAUUUGCGUACACCAAGCGUGUUAUGGAAUAACGAAUAUACCGUCUGGUCAAUGGUUAUGUAGAACGUGCUCGAUGGGCCAGAAACCGAAGUGCGUCCUCUGUCCGAACAUGGGCGGUGCGAUGAAGUCGACGCGGUCCGGGCAAAAGUGGGCCCAUGUAUCGUGCGCCCUCUGGAUACCGGAGGUGAGCAUCGGUUCGGUCGACCGCAUGGAACCGAUCACCAAGAUCUCCAACAUCCCCUCCAGCCGGUGGGCGCUAGUGUGUGCGCUGUGCCGGGAACGUGUCGGCGCGUGCAUUCAGUGCUCGGUGAAAACCUGCAAAACGGCGUACCACGUAACGUGUGCGUUUCACCACGGGCUUGAAAUGCGCGCCAUAAUCGAGGACGAGAAUGCGGAGGAUGGUGUAAAGUUGCGCUCGUACUGUCAGAAGCAUGGCGAGAACAAGGGCAAGCGUGAUAAUAGCAGAAACAACACCAAGAACAGUACUGCCGGUGUGGCAGGCGCGUCGACGGCGGCUUCGGGCGCGAGCGAUGACGAGGCGGGCGGCAACGCGGGAGGAUCCGCCGGUCCGGGAACAAACACGGCGAGCAGCAGCAGCGGUGCCGCGGGUGGUGGUGGUGGUGGUGGAGAUGUGAAGCGACGGAAGCGGAAAGAUAUGACGUCGGAGGAGAGGAAUCUGGCGCGCGCGGCCCGGCAGCAGGAGAUCGAAGCGGAGUUCGAUAAGCAUGUGAGCGUGAAGGAUAUUAGCUGCCAUCUGCUCGACGUGGACCAGGAAGGUAUCUACCAUAUCUACAACUACUGGAUACUGAAGCGAAAGGCGGGCCAUAACCGGCCGCUUCUGCCGCCGAAAACGGACGAGGUGGACCCGAACGCACAAAACCAGGAGCAGGCCGAGAUCGAGAAGAUGAAAACGUUCGUGCACCUGCGGCAAGAUUUGGAGCGGGUGCGCAAUCUAUGCUACAUGGUGAGCAGGCGGGAGAAGUUGAGCCGCUCGUUCUUUCGGAUGCGGGAGCAAACGUUUAACAAGCAGGUGGCGGUCAUUUCGGCGCUACGGAACGUUGGCGAGGUUACGAACCAUCAGCGAAACGGUAGUGCGUCCUCUUCGUCGUCGUCGUCGAUGGCCCAUGUCGAUCCGGUGAUGCUCGACGCGAUACUGCACGCGAACCAUGGCCCUACGAUAUAUGAUAGACUUUACUCGUGUAAUUCCGUUAGUAGUACAAUGCCGACGCUGGACGAAAUGGUGGAGCGCAUCAUUUCCGGUGUAAAUAGUAGCAAUAGCGGUGUUAGCAGCAGCAUCAGCAGCAAGGAUGCUGCCAGUGCCACCAGCAGUGGGAAGAAAUCAACCGCUGCGGCGCUAUCGUCGUCGUCAAAGGCCACGGGUGCUAGUGCAAACGCCGUUGGGCAUAAUGGCAGUGCGGCGGGUGGUAGCGGCGGCGGUGGUGGCGGCGGCAGCAGUAGUAGCAGUGGCAGCUAUAGCAGUAGUAGCAGCAGCAGCAGUAGCGGUAGCAGCAGUAGCAGCAGUAGCAGCAGUAGUAGCAGCAGCAGCAUUAAGGUUGCGGCCAGCAAGCAGACCGCGAAGGUGGUGAGCAAGAAGGAAUCGAUGGAUCAUCAUCUGCACCCCAGGAAGAAGCUGUCGGGCGAUGUGAACGGUGUGCGACAGCAGCAGCAGCAGCAGCUCGUAGCCGGUGGCAAUCAGAGAACCAAAAACCAGCUCUCAGCCAAGCGCCAACAACAGCCGCCGUACAUCAAUGGCACGGCGGGUCGGCGAAGCACGAGCAACAGUUCGGCUUCGGACAUUGAGCCCGACGAUGACGAGACGGUGGACAAAACUAACACCAAGAAGAAACCCCGCCAAACGAAGGUCGUGGAACGCAAGCGACGGAAAGCGGCAUCCUCGGUCGGGACGGCAGGAGCGAUUACUUCUUCGGCGGAAAAAUCAAGCAUCAGAAGCAUCGAUGAUAGUUCUAGUGACGAGGAAAUGCCCGAAUCACGAUUACGACCAACCGGUGCAGGUGAGCGGACAACAGGUGCAUCGAAAACGGCCCGGCACGGUAGCGCUGCUGGUGUUAAGGAAAAUCUGUCCUCAGCCAGUGGUCAACCGAAGAAGGACAUCCGCAAUCAAUCGCUCCGGCAGAUGGAGCGCGAGCUGGCGGAUGAUCGGCGGGCGAAGCAUUUAACCGACGAUGAUGAUGAUUCGAACGACAGCGAUGAGCUUAUGCACAUACGUCCCGGCAGCGGUGGGACUGUCGGCGGGCGGACUGGUACGGCAACCACCGGUGCGAGCAGUGCGGCCGGCGGUGGCGGUAAUGGUACGAAUGCGCGGGGCAAGAAAAUACCGGACAUUUACUCGGACAGCGAUAGUACGGAUCGGGAUAAGACGGACCAUACGGCAAGCGAUUCGCAGCAGCAUCCAUCAUUCCGCACGAAAGCCGCCAUGAAGGAGUUUAAUCUGCAGCAGGAAGCGGAUCGGCUGAAACAGAAAUCUCCUGCGAAAGCGGGUCGUGGUGCUGGUGGUUCCGCAGCCAGCGCCGCGGCAGCCCCGUUGCCGGGUGUGCCGGCGGCUAUGACGUUACCGGUGGCUACCCCAACGUCUGCCCUUCCCGGCGCCAAGGUUUCGUCCACGAAGUCCAACGCACAAAACGUUGGAUCGAUGCAGUCCGACGUACUUCAAACUUCCGGAUCGAAACGAACUGCGGCGAACUCGGCGGACCAGUCACAGGGUGCUCCUUCUAGCAAGGCUACGGCAGCAGCAGCAGCAGCACCCGGCAGAACGGGCAGCAGUAGUACCAAAGAGGGCCACACCGCUAGCACGAAGAAAAAGCAAACUCAACAGCAAUCGAUCGAUAAGCACGCCGAUGUCACCAACACCGGCACGGUGGGUAAUGCUACCACGGCGGGCGCUCCGCCUUCGAAAAAGGGCGAAUUUUUGGCCGACUUUAUGGUGGUGCCGCAGCGUGAGGCGGCCAAAAAGGCGGCCGAGAACUUGAUGAAAACGAGCAGCGCCACACUUGGUGCGGCUGUCGUUAGUCAAGCGUCCGCGGGCCUGUCUACGUCGACGGCUAUUGCUACGAGCGUAGGUAGCGCGAAUUCCGCUUCCACCACCUCAACAUCCUCCUCCGCUAGUGGAGCGUUAAUAAGUGCCGGAGUUGGGAGCAGAAAGCAGCUGGAUCGGGAAGCUAGUAGCAGCAGUAGCAGCAGUAGCAGCAGCAGUAGCAGCAGCAGCAGCAGCAGCAGUAGCAGUAGCGAAGGAAACAGUAUUGCCAGUGUUACGGCAGGAGGUAUCACCAGCACGAGCGGCGUUAGUACGGGAAGCAGUAGCAAUACCAGCUCCACGAAACCGGACAUUGAUACCGGCGUUGCGGAAUCGGUAAACAGCGGAAACAAUCAGCAAAAAUCUUCCAUCGUAAGCAAUACUAGUAGUAGUAGCGUUGUGGUCGGUAGCAAUCGAAAUCGUAAGGAGACGGAAGCGAAAAUUGCUGCUGGACCAGUUACGGGCGCCAGUGGGAAAACGACGAAACGUUCCGCCGGCUCCAGCGCCACGACAAACAGCGGCAGCAGCAAAGGCAACAGGCAGAAAAAUUCGGGUGAAAGUAUACCAUCGAAGGUUGAUGCAAAGCUGUUGUCUACUGCAGCCGCGGCGCGUAACAAAUCCAAAGAACGGCCUACGGUGGCCGAUAAGCAGCAGCAGCAGCAGCAGCAGCCACCGGUUAGCGGUGGUAGUACCGCAGGAUCGACCGUUCGAGCUAGCAAAGAGCAGAAAGAUCGAGCGAAAGAUCGGCUCACCGAUGAUGCUUCGCCCGUACCCGUGGCAGCAGAGAAGGCGACCAAGCUGUCGAAAGAUGUGAAACAGAAGCGCGAAACACAGCCCGAGAUCUUCGCGUACGUUCCACAACGUCAGGCUGCAAAGAAGGCCGCGGAACACAUCAAAAGCGGUCUUGGUAAACCUUCCGGGGCAGACCAAACGCCGGCUGCUGUCGUUACUGAGGAGAAAGCGGCGGUACCGGCUGCAACCGCAGUGCCACCGACGUCCAAGGCGGGUGCGAAGAUGGCAAAUAAGGGAAGAGACGAUCGUAAAUCGAACGCCACCGGUGGUGCUGCAUCAAGCUCGUCCGGUUCGUCUAGCUCAUCGGGUGGAAGCAGCUCUUCGUCCUGCUCCAGUUCAAGUAGUUCUGGUUCGGACAGCGAGGACGAGGAGGAAGAGGUCGCGGCAACGAGUCCGUCGCUGGGCAAGAAAGCAGCAACUGCUGCCAACCGGUCCAAGGCCGUGCCUCCCACUGCCAAAGGGAAGCAACAGCAACAGCGCAGUACAGCUGCGACGGCGGCCCGGCAGGAUGUGUUGCCCUUUCUUGACAAGGGUACAGCACGCUCCGUGUCCGAGUCGUCGAGUUCGUCCUCUUCGUCCUCGUCGUCCGGUUCGUCGUCCGACAGCGACAGUGAUUCGAGCAGUAGCAACCAGAGCAGCCAGGAGGAGACGAACGAAGAGCCACCGGUUGUGCCAGCCGUGUCCGGGCGCAAUCGAAGAAAAUCAGUGUCGGUGGCCGCUUCCGCCAAGCAACAGGAUGCCGUCAGUCCCAAGAAACCAUCAGUGCCACAGAGUGCCAGCAUUGGUCGAAAGGGUACGACGGGCCGUAAGCCAUCGACUACCACCGCUACCUCCAGCAACUCCGACGAGGUCGACGACGCGAAGGAGCAACAUUCCACAUCCAGCAGCAAAGCAGCACCUGGAACUGGUGCCGGCAAAGGCAAGGAAGCUACUACGGGCCGUGGUGGCAAGGACAGCAAGCAGCAGUUAUCCGCCAAAAGCAACGCUGACGCUGAGUCUGCCUGCUUGCCUGCUGGUGGUGUUGCUGCUGCUGCUGGUGGCGAGAAGCCGAUCGGUAACCGGCGUAAUUCUUACCAACCGCCAGCAGUGCUUGCCGUGGCCAACGAAACUACGCCGCUCAAGCGUGGUGGUCGCCGGCAGUCGGUGUUUGUUGGUGCUAGUGAUAUAGAGGAGAAACAGCGAAAGCCAUCCACGCUGGCAGCUGACGUUCCAGCGAGCGGUCGUAACGCUGGCCGACGAAAGACUAGCGAGCUGGUGGCUGAGGCUGAGAAGCAGGAAAUGAAAAAGCCCGAAGCAAGUGAGGUCGCUCUAGAGAAUGAGACACCUGCUUCGGAAGACGCGAUCACCCCGAAGCGUCCCAUUUCCGAAUCACCGGUAGCACGCAAGCGUCGUAGCCCGAAGACGACGUCGACUGAGACGGAUCCUGCCGAGCUUAAGGAGCUGAACGCAGCUAACGAAAUGGACACCAAAACAGCACCAACAACGGUUGACGGUAAGUGUGCUGUUGCUGCGGGAAGUGAUGCAAUAUCGUUGCUUACCGAUGAAGAUUCGACCGACCAACGGAAAGCGAAGGAAACGCUUGCAUCAUCCACUACUGCCUCUCCCAUGGACACCAGCAGCAGCAGUGGUGUGGUAACGAAAGCAGAAGAAGAGCCUAAGAAGAUUGAUCCGACGACGAAAAGCGUUGAAAUUAUUUCGUUGGUGGAUGAUUCCCGCUCCAACGACGAUGUGGUUGUUAUCGAGGACGCUAGCAAUGAGGCGAAGGUUGAACAAAAGCCACCGGAAGAGCUUGAAGCUGCUAGCAGCGGUAGCAUGUUGGAGCGGAAGGCGGUGGAAAGCGAAGAAGAGGCAAAGACACCGCACGUGCUCGAUGCCAAACCUGCCGUUGAUAGUGUUAGCAUGCUGAAAGACUCUUUGGCGAUGGCGGUGGACGUGAAGGACGAGUCGAGCAAGAAAACGCCUGUUCCGGUUAGUGUUGAGCAGGCUCCAUCGCUCUCGUCGGCCAUUGUUGAUCAGCCUUCGUUCGACAGUUCUACCUCUUCGCUACAGCUGAACAAUAACAGCAGUACAGCAUUUGGCGGAGAUACAACUGCGUCGAGCAUAUGCGACGUAAGUGGGUUCGGUUCGGCCAACAACAACUCGUCGAAGGACGAUGGCACUGGCGUUGGUGCUGGUGGUGGAUUGCUUGCCAACAGCGAUACCGGUACGCCCUCGAUAUUCGAUCUGCUGCUGCCGCAGGACAGUUCCGUGACUGAUGACACGUUCGAGCUGAACCAGUCGCUUAACUUCCCCUUCAUGGAGGAUUGCAAGGAAGAUACGCAGCGGGAAACGCUCAACUUGGUGGAGAAGCUGCGGCAAAAGUACAAAAAGUCUCACGGAACGGCAAACGCAAACGCGACCCCUAUCAUGGCGGGCGGCGAUUCGAUGAAGGGUUUGAACGACGUGGCCGUUCAGGGAGACAAAAAGGAUAACGAUAUGAUGAUGCUGGACGGUGGCGCGGUGGUCACAGCAACUGCCACGCCGUCACCUAUGCUGGUGGCGGAUUUUGUUGCGGAACGCCAGAAACAGGACGGGUCGGCCGGACUACCGCUCGGGUCGUCCUCAUCCUUCGCCGAUACGCUGCUCGGUGGGAAGGACAAGCUGCAGCCCGAGCUGGAGUAUGGCGCGUUUAACAAAUUCCACAGCGCGACGGCAGAUCGAAGUCCUUUGGGUCAGUUGCCCACCACCACGCCCAUGCAGCAGCCGGGUGGGAUGCAACCGGUCGCCGUGCAGCAACCAACACAGCAGCAACCGCAACCAACCAAUCAACUGCAGCCCAUCGGUCAGCAGUCGCAGUCGCAGCUUGGCAGCAAGAGCGCAAAGGAGGACCAUUUGGAUCAUCUUGCCUCGAGACCGUCGGACGAGCGUUGGGUACCACCGUCAUCGGUUGCGCCCGCCGUCUCGACGACGGCUCCGUCCAUGUUGCUUCCGCACGCGCCACUUCCUACGUCCGUCGGUUCUAGCGUGCUCGGUGGCAAUACCGUGUCAACGGCGCAGCUCGCACAAAACUGUAUGGAAGCGGCCCGCAUGCUCAACAGCCACCAGACCAACAAUAACAACAAUGUCAACGCACUGGACAGCGAGAAGACGGCGCACGGAGCGGCGGGACCGGCAACCGGUGGCGGACUAUUCGAUGGUGGUGCGAUGACGAAUCAUCUACAUCCGACGAUGCAACAGCAGCAGCAGCUUGGAGGCAGCAACGAUCUAAACCACCAUCAUCAUCAUCAACAGCAGCAGCAGCAGCACCAUCACAUGCACAAUCCACUUCCUGGGUUGGACUUUAUGCAGGGCAUGAAGGUUCCGAACCAGAACGAAGCUACCUCAAUGAUGCUGUUCGAUAAUCUGCAGCAGCAGCAGCAGCAGCAGCAGCAGCGACAGCACCCAUCGCCACAGCCACCAGUCGUUGGUCGACGCGGCGGUUGGAAUCAACCGAAUGAUGGGCUAAGCUCGAUCGAUCAGCAGCAGCAGAAGAAGCAGCACGAGUGUGCCGUAAUGCAGGAGAAGGAGAAUUUGCUGCUGCAGAAGCAACAACAGCAUCGUAAGCUGAACGAUCUGAAUAGCUUCAUGGAUAUUCAGAACACGCCGAGCGGCGGUCAGUCGAUUAACAACAGCAAUGCUGGCACGCCGAACAGCGUUAAUGCGAUGCAGCAGCAACAGCAACAACCGUACGGCUUCUCCUCGACCGACUCACAUCCCGCUCAUCAUCAGCAGCAACAGCAGCAGCAGCAGCAGCAGCAGCAGCAACACUAUCCAGGAGCAGUUUCCUUAUUCCCACCGGCGAGCGUUCCCGUACCGUUUCCCUCACCCGGUGCCGGUCUCUAUCCUCCGAACUUUGGUAACGCCGGCUAUCAACAGCCGACUCCACCACAAACGACCGUUCCGAAUGCGGGUAAGCCGCAUCAGCAUCAGCACCACGCUGCCCCCGGCUCCGGCCUGCCUCCGAUGACACAUCACGGCAUGGGAUUGGGUGGUGACGCGAUGGUUUCACCUCACCGUGGUGCUGCCCAAGCACAAACCGGCGGUCCUCAGCAGCAGAAGCAGCUGGAUCAGAUGUCUUCCCCGUUGGGAGGAAUGGCCGUUUCGCCCAACAAGCAACAGAGUCGUCAACCAACACCGACAGAGCAGCAAAACAACUACCUGCUCAAUAGUGGAGGAGGAAACGGUGGUACGAGCAGUGGUGGAAGUACACCGCGCACGCCCCAACAUCGACGAACGCCGCAACGGCACAACAACCAUCAGCUGCAGCAGCCCGAUGUCGUCGGGAUGGAUAUGCUGGUUGGUGUGGGACAUUCCAACUCGAAGAAAAGUCCUACGAAAUCUUCCCGCUCUUCGUCGCGCAUUCAAAACCAGCAGCAGCAACAGCAGCAGCCACCACCACCACCACCACCACCACACCUUCAACAUCAUCCUGCGCAUCACCAUCACCAUCACCAUCCGCUGAUGAUGAACGAUAGCAAUGGAGGAGGUGGUGCGAGCAGUGCUUUGGCUGGCAUGGUUCAUCCGAUGGGUGGUCACCAGCUCAAAUCGCCACCGUCGUUAACGGGCACGGGUACGAAAUCGCUCUCUCCGGGCAAAAGCCCCAAGACUGCAGCGGCAGCCGUGUCCGCCACGCAGUCGGUGUACGAGAUGCAGAAAGCUAUCGGUGGCAGCGGCAGCAGCUUGAUUCCACCUUCGCUUUCGUCCACCGGCAAGGGUGGUGCGAAGGGUGAGACGACCGCGACGGGCAAACCGGGUCGAGGUCGUGGCCGAGGCCGCGGUAGGCCACCGGGUUCGGGCAGGCAGGCGCAAGCGGCACGAGAAGCGGCAGCAGCAGCGGCCGCCAGCCUUGCUGGCGUUGGUGGUGCUGGUGGCGCUGGGGGAGGUAUUGGUGGACGCGGCGGUGGUGCCAACAGCCGGCAGCAACAAUCGCACGGUGCCAGCUAUCACCUGGGUCAGUUGGGUCCGGGGGCCGACUUCGGAUGCUUCGGAAGUGGCACGAUACACAGCAAAAUCAUCGGCACGGUGUACGAUCUGGACUUUGACGAGGUGAUUGAUUGUGGCAAGCUGCGCGAUAUGCGCGAUCGGCGCCGUUCGAUCGAUGGCCGAUCGGCGGAUGCAUCCGGUGCGAGCGUUGGAUCGGGUGGUGGUAGUGCGGGCCAGGCCGGUGGCAGUGCGCCCGGUGGUCCGGAUGCGAAAUCGAGUCGCGGUGCGGGUGGUAAUGGAACGGCAGCUGGCGGUGGUGGAUCGGGAGCAGGAGGAGCGGGUGCGAACGGUGGGUACGGAUCGACGGGAAGCAGUGUGGCGGCUAGCUCGUUGCCCGAUAUGGCCGUUUUGCCAGGGCCGGUCGAUAUGCGCACGUACAACAGUGGGUUCGAUUCGUCCAGCAAUACGGAUGCGUACAACAACCAGCUGCUCGGCGUGUUUGCCAGUGGGACGGCCGAUCAAACGCUGGCGGAUAUUGAUGAGGAUAUGGAGAAUGAGCUGCAGUCAGCGUUGAAGGCUGAUUCGGUUAGUAAUCGAUCGGCCGCUGCGGCGGCAGCUUCCCUUGCGCAGACGACCGUUCAGACGAAUACCGCUAGCAGUGGUGGGUCAUCGUUGCUGGCUGCUGUUACGGCUACGGCAAAUAGCAACAGCAACAGUAGCAGUAGCAUCACUUCCGAGUCGACUGCAGCGAGCCACGCGCUAAAGACUGGUUCGAUGGCAACGGGUGCACCGUUCGUACCGUCCAUUACGCCACCUUGCGCGACAACUGCCCUGCCCGGAGCGAUGCUUACCGAUGAUCCGCUGAUUGAGCAGCCCCAGGAGGAAACGAACGAUUCGGACAGCUUGCUGCCAAUGGGUGCUGCGCCCAAUCAGCAGCAGCACCACAAGAUGUCUUCUCUGGCGGAUUCGCGGAAUAUCAUGAAGCUGAAAAUCAAGGGUCCGCUGGCACAGCUGGACAGUGGUGGUGCUUACGGUGCCGGAGCGGUAGGAGCCGCAGGCUCAUCCGCUUCCUCUGCGGUCGUAUCGCAGCUACAGCAAUCGAUCGGUAUGGCGUCCACGAUGGGCGUUCCGAUGGGUGCGGGCGUUAGCGGAGGAAUGGGCGUUGUCGGUGGUGUUGGUGUGGGCGGAGUUGCCGGCAAUGUUGCGGGUGGUGCGGCAGGAUCUUCCAACUUGCGGCGAAUGCGCAAGAAGGAGCUAUUGCGGCAGUACUGGAACCAGGACAUGAAUCAGGACGAUCCGCAGGCCGUGUUGCAAUCGGCGGACCACCAUCACCUGCACCAUCACCACCACCAUCAUGCGCAAGGGAUGUCGCUAGGCGGCGUGGGCCAUGGCAAUCGUACGACGGUUGGGUUCCCCAAGGCCGUCGAGUCGCUCGGUACGAUGCCGACGAAAGACGACUACAAGGAGUACGGUGGUAUCCACCGGAAGAAGCUUUCGUCAAAUAUGUCGCGCGAACUGCGACAGCUGGCAUCGGUACCGCAGACGGCCGACCAUCACGAGCUGCUGCUGGCCGAACGAAGGCGCAGCGUAGGAGGUUCGGUAGGGGUAGCGGCAGUACCGGGAGCAUCGACCGGUUCGGGAGCAAACGGGUCCGCUAUGAAUCUGUCCAUGGACGAUGUUAGCGGCGUCGGAAUGGGUGGUGUCGGUAUGGGAGUCGUCGGUGCUGGUGGUGUGGGUGGUGGCGUUGGUGGCAAGCGGCGAUCGCGUAACAAUCGAGCGAACGCAAACUCCACGGCCACAGUCACUGCGGUCAGCCAGCAAACGCCACAGCAAGCACCGAAGCUAAAGAUCAAGCUGGGUUCGUCGGGCAUUGUCGAUGGUGGGCCGUACGGUAUGGGAUCGCUAAAUGCUGGGCCAAGCGCUAGCAGCAGCUUGCGGCCUCCGAAGAAACGGCUCGCUUGCAGUGUGCCACCACCGAGCCUGGAAGAUCUGAAGCGCGAGUACAUGAUGUACGCCGAGAACAUCAGCUUCGAGGAUGAUGGGCCGGGUGGAGCUGCGGACGACGAUACGACGGGCGCCGCUGACAGUGCCGAUGACGAACCGAAGGCGAAGAAGCACAAGCACAAGGACAAGGAUCGGGACCGCAGUGGUAGCGAGCACAAGAAGCGCAAGAAGGAGAAAAAGCACAAGCGCGACAAGGGCGAAAAGAAGAAGGUGGAGAUCAUCUGCAAUGCGGCUGUGACGGCGGGCGAUCAGGAUCAGGCACAGCAGCAACCGCCCAGAAUAGUGAUACGGCUCGGUGUGAAGAAACCGGCACAGUCGGACGAAUCACACGCACCAUCGCCACAGUCACAGGCGGUCGCAGCAGGUGCUGCAGGUGGCGGCUCACCGCAGAAAACACCGGUGAACGACGAACGGACGGCCACCCGCAGCAGUGGAUGUAGCUCGUCACCGGAGACGGAUCCACUCGUGAUAGAUCUGGCGGCAAUCCACAACACCAACAGCCGGGGCCAAUCGUUGCAAACUUCGCCCGAGAUAGACCAUCGAACUGUGGCGGCUCAAGCGGCACCGGUCGAGAAACCGCUCAUCACUCCGAUUCGUCUGAAGCUGGCGCGCAAUACGGCUGGCGGUGGGUACGUGAUGUCAUCCAAGCACAGUGCACAAGCUGUGGAGUGUGAUGCGGGUGACAAAUCGGCCAGCAACACAUCACCGGCAGCGAUGGAGAAAGCGGCCGGCGAACCAUCGGCAGCUACCGCAGCAGGUUCGAUCGAUCUUACAACCUCGGCGGCGGAAGUAGCGGCAGCAACGUCGAGCAAGAACAUGAUCGAGCGGUUGCUGACGGCCGCCAAUCUGGUCGGUAGCUCGCCGACUGCGUUCGAAAGGGCGAUGGGUGCCGCAGCGAUGGCAGCGGCAGCAGCAACAGCUUCCUCGAACGGCGCUGCCGGCACAACGCUCCAGCAGCAGAGUAAUCCGGGCGGUGGCGCAUUUGCAACCAUGUACGGUAUGGCCUCGAUCGGGGCCGGUAAUACGUCCAACACUACCAGCACCAGCAACAGCAGCAGUGGUAGCAGCAGCAACACCAACACCAACACUUCGAUGUCGUUCAAGAGCCUGCUGGACUUUGCGGCGAGUACAAACACCACCUUCAGUACGUCGUCUGCCGCAGGUUUGUUCGGCUCAACCGCUUCUACACAUCACCACCAUCACCUUCAGCAGCAGCAGCAGCAGCAGCAGCAGCAUCACCAGCCGCAGCAACAGGUACCGUUGUCCUUGAAUCAAUCUUCAAUGCUACCAUUAGGCAUGGUACCACCUUCCCAGCAGCAACUGCAGCACCAUCAACAACAGCCGCUCGGGCUGCACCAAUCCGCGAUACCAACGUCCAAUAGUACCGGCAGCAGCAGCAGCAGCAGCAGCAGUACACAGCAAACAAACACAGCGUCCAACAGUGCCACGAAAAAGGACUGUGAGGUGCGAUGACAGUACAUGCUUUAGAAGGUAGCUUAAUCGUAGUUUGUGUGUGUCCACGCGCUACUGCCGUUGGAUCUACUGCUACGCGUUGAUUAGCUGCCUUCGACUUGGGAUGAACUAUCGUUCCCAUUCCUUCCGCUCUACCGAUACUUUACAAUGUGCAAUCUCAAACUCCUGGGGAAAAAGUGCCCCCACAUCCCCCCCCUUUUCUAGUUUUGUUUUGUUUUACCUGUUAGCUUGCUAGUAGCUUCACAUUUUAGAGCCACUCGUGAUUUUAUUACAUACGACUGAUACCGAGACACCGGGUGGGGGGGGGGGGGGUGUACUCGGGAUGAUUUUAUCGAAAAUUGUUUAUUUUAUUUUUUACUAGUUUAUACAGUUCAAAAGAUAGCUUCAGACAAACUAGUUUGUCCGAUUGCUAUUGAAGAAGGAGUAUUAUGUUUGGGGGUGAUUUUGUUUUACAUCACACCCAUGCCCUUCGUGCUGAUCACAAGUCAGCUAAGGGCUUUUAAUCAUUGUUUGUUUCCCCAUUUUUUUUGCUAACCCUCAAGCUUCGGCUUAAAAGACUGCAUAAGGAUUAUUUUUUUUUUAAAACGAAGCAAAAAGCGCCUAUUUAUCGAUACACGUGUAAUGUUUGUUUGUGUUGUUAUUAUGUGUGUAGUGGUGCAAAGUGUCCGCUGGUUUGUUUGCUGGAGUCGUAAUGCUGUAACCGAACGGAAAAAAAGCCACGAUGUUUUUUUUCUUUGGUUAGUUGUGUCUGUACUGCAAGAACUGCUGGCGUUGCGCGGCGUGGCGAAAAUGACGCGCAGAGAGGAACACGGGACGGUUAACUAAGAUAUUUAAUUAUUAACAAAACACUCAAAUUGUACAGUAUAAAAUUGUAAACAACAUCUUUAGCGCAUAGUUUAAAUUAAUUUAAUCGCUUUAACUUAUCCGUUUUUGGGGGCGAAGACGAAGGAAGACAGGAGGGAGCAGUAGCAGGAUAAAACAGACAAACAGAAAAACAAAAGGGACAAAAAAGGGGGGAAAGGAAAGGCUAGUAGAGGAAAGGUGGGAUAGUAGACAACAGUCAGCGGGACAGAUAGUGAAUGUGUUGAUGAUGGAUGUGUGUGUGUGUGUAGUAGUGUAUGGCAAAUGAUUAUUGGUGGAGGUGUCCGUUGGAUGUAUGCAAGGAUGAAUGGAUGUAUGGAUGGCUGUGUGUGUGUGUGUGUUUUUCCUCCUUAAUCUGCAACUGCUGUUUAAGGCAACAACCUCAAAAACUACCGAACAAAGUAAUUUCUUACCAAAACGAGCAAAACCAUUCAGAAAAGGUACUAUUGGUUGCGAUCAUAAGCCGUUGUCCCCGUGGCAUUUCCCCCGCGGUUCGGUUGUUAAAAUUAAUUUGUGGAAUGUUUCCGAUCUCCUGUACUCCGACCGCUCGUACUGAUACACAACCGCGCGAUACAAUCGUAAUUGGAGAGAGAGAGAGGAAGAGAGAGAGAGAGAAACUGUUGCAAGGAAAGGGUAUGUGUAUAAAUUUAGUAAAAAAAAAGAAACUUUUGAACUGCUGGCCUGAGUACGUACGUCGUACUGUGUUUUUAUUUUUUGCACUCCCCCAGGGUCCACCCGAUCUUCAAAACCACUAAACCACCCAACGCAAUAGGGCUCACUAGAGAUUAUGAAGCGCAGGGAGAGAGAGAGAGAGUGAGUGAUCGUGAUUGUUUCAGUAAACGACACACCAACAUUCGAUGGUAUUAAAACAAGGGCUGUACCGCGUUUAAAAGGCAGGGCAGUGUUUGUCCUGUUGCUCGCAAAACCGCGCAGAGGGAGAGAGAGAGAGGAAUUUGCAAGCUUGAUUGUACAUAUUUUACUGACAGAAGAAAUAAAAUGAAAGUCCUUAAAUCGAACGAACUGUUGAAACGGCAACCUCCCGCGGAUAUUUAGAAACGAUCGAACAAGAUCUCACACGGCGAAGCCUUUUCAUUUGGUUUUUCUAGUUCCGUGCACGAUCGCACGCCCCCCCCCGCCGGCUUCAAGUCUUUUGAAGUGGAUACUGUUUUACACUCAUCUUAGCUGUGAGAUACUCUGAGAAAAGUUUACCAAUUAUUUGCGUACAGCAGAUUCAAACAUCACAUCCGCGCGUUUUUACUACGAGCCGUGUUUUACCGAUUUGUUGAGGAGGAUCGGGAGAGAAAAGAUCAAUUUCAACCAUAGAAAAAAACUACAAAACCAGCUAAAAUAACAGCAAAUGGUGGGAUUUUAUUGUACAGAAUGCCAUUCUUAUGCUCCUUACGCCCUUCUUGGUUCUUUGUUUUCCAAAAAAGAAAAAAAAAUCCCCUAAAAUCAGCUGCGUAGGAAAGAAAAUGCAAUCAGAGGGAUGAGACAAACAAGAAAACGCGGGAAAAACAAUAAACUUUCGGGAGGUAAAUCUGGAAUGGAAAUGGAAUGAAUGGAUUGUGUGUGCGUGUAUUUGUGUAAUGUUUAUUGUGCGUGUAUGUGUGUGAUCGUUGUGCGUACGUGCGCGAUGCCUCAGAUUGGUUUUUAUUAUUGUGUCAAAACAGCAAAAGCAAACAAAACAAAAACGUUAUUUAAUUUAUUUAUAUAAAAAAGCAAAGCGUAGGAUUAGACAAAAAUUUAAAGUGGUAGUGCGUACAUCUAUAUAGAGUUAUAUAUCUACACACCCAUACGUAUAUAUAUAUUCCUAGACAUACCUAACGCUACAUACGGGGCAAUGUCUGUUCACCGGGUCGGGGUGUCUGGUUAGAAAAGGUGUGGUGAGUUGUGAACCAUGCAGCAAACAGAGCUCACUACAAAAAGCUUACCAAGGGUAAGCAAUAGGGCAAGAAGGGCAGGGUAAGGGCCCUUAAGUUCGGCCAAAGUUUGCUACUGCUGUUGGCACGCACACACGCGCCCCCUCGGUUUAAACGAUUUGUAUUUGAAAUUUGUAAAAAGUGUCUAGUGUAACCCAAUUCAAGCAGUCGCUUCAGUUUUUAUAAGACACAGCCGAAGAGAGGAAGUUGUAAAAAAGAAAAGGCGAGAAAAACAAAACAAAAACAUUUAACAAAAUCCAACUCCCUAAAACAAAUAGACACACACACACACAAAUAGUGUAUAAGCUCUAUUAGAAAAAAAACAGAAAACAGAAAAUGGUACAUUCCCGUCGUGCAACUGUGCGCAAAACAAAGAUGGACAAAGCAGCAAACACAACCGAUUAGCGAAGAACAGCAGGCAACCACCUACCGACACCGUUAUUUAUUUCCCCACUAGCGAAUUGAUACAGACACCACCAUAACCACCACAAAGGACGGUAGUGCCCCCGUUUUAUAAUGGAUUUUUGUUUUUCACGUGACAUGCCGGCCAUUGUGCCGAAUGGUGCGCACCAGUAAAUGUACAUUUUGGAAUGUGGCCUGUUGUGUUGAUGAAAAAACUCUAGGGAAAUGUGUUAGCUGAAGCACCUUUCAGCAGCUGUCGACGGCCAUCGGUGGGUUAGUAAACCGCCGCCGGAUUACACGGUGGGGGGGGGGCACUCCCCAUGUCCAUGCUAGGCAGUACAGUAACGAUACCUGGUGUAACCUGGUGAAGAGUAGUAAGAGUACACAACAGAACGGCGUGUGUGAGUGUGUAUAGUAAAUAAAACAAAACAACACACGGAAACAAAGCGAAAAAACCGGAGAAAAGUUGUGUAGUUACACAGUAGUAAAGAAAGAGAGAGACAAAGGAGAAGAAGAAAAAAACUAGAAACGGUGGAUGAAAGUUGUAGGCUUAAGGUGUAAAACAAAUAAUUAAAGAAAUGAAUAGAAAACAAACAAAAAAAAAAACAGCAGAAAACUGAAAAAGAAAACAGUGCACGACGUGGAAGCGUGUAAAACAAGGUAAAAAAAAA